UACUACCACAGACAGGCAAGGGAGGGAGAAUUUGUUGUGACAUCACUAAAGAGGAGAGGCAUAAAGUUCAGAUAUCAGCUGCUAAACAAGCAGAGCAGGAGCAGAAGCAACAAGUCUCUGAUGAGCCUCACCUACAUCGUAUCAACCAUGCCUACUCAUAGUAACCUUCUCCUUCUGGUUACUCUUUGGGCCUCAGUUCAGGAAGGUUUUGGUUUCCCAGUGCUGAGGCAGCCAGAGCCAGAAGCUGUUGACAGUCUAGGGACUCACCCGGUGAGGGCCAAGCGCUGCGCCUGCAGCAACCUGUUGGAUUCUGAAUGCCACUACUUCUGCCACCUAGACAUCAUCUGGGUCAAUACACCCAGUAAGACAACGAUUUAUGGCCUAGGUGGGGGUUUGCGGCGGCGUAAAAGGUUUGCCGGGCGCUGCACCUGUGCCAGGCUCGAUGACAAGACCUGCACCAGUUUCUGCCAACUCCGCCCUGAAAUCCAGUCUGAGAAAAGGCCUCGUCUUGACAUGCUCAACAUCUUGAGAGCUGCAGCCAAUAAUUCAAAGCAAGCACUGGCUGCAGGGCACUCAGGCGGAGGUCAGUUGCCACAGGCUGAGGAGGAGAACGCCUGAAGUAGUGAUAGUGAGGGGGAAAGAAAGAGGGAGCAGAAGGCGAGCACCUGAACAAAUGAAACUCCUUCAGCAGAAAGGGGUUGCUAAGAGAUGUGUCCGAUCAGGGAAGGCCACAUAUUCUGUUUGUUCCUGCAAAUAGAAAGCUGGAAAAAAAACAACAUGCCCCAGCUCUGCAGG